AUGGAUAAGAGUUGGAUGAAGCAAUCUAGAUUGAGUGAUUCAUAUCAACAAGGAGUUAAUUUAUUUCUUGAUUUCGCAUUUAAAAAUGGAAGCCAUGAAAGAAAAAUUGUAUGUCCUUGUGUUAAGUGUUGCCUUAUUGGUCCUGUCACUCGAUCAAUUGCAUUUGAUCAUCUGAUAUGCAAUGGAUUUAUGGAGGGAUACACUAAAAGGAUAUUACACGGUGAAACUUCUUCACAUGCUCCACAGAACAUUGAGAGUACUGUUAGUGAUACUCCUACUAUUGAUAUGCAAGGAGUUAUACAUGAUGUUUUUGGACAAAAUAGUAGAGAUGAUGAAUGUGAAAUUGAAAAUGAUGAUAAUCUUCAAGGUGAGGAAGAUGAACCAAAUACGAAGGCAAAAGAAUUUUAUGAUUUGAUAAAAGAUGUAGAGACAGAACUUUACCUAGGCUGUACAAGUUUUACAAAGCUCUCAUUCGUCAUUGAAUUAUUUCAUAUUAAGUGUAUGUGUGGAUGGAGUGAUAAUUCAUUUGGCAAGGUACUUGAAUUAUUUAAAAGAGCACUACCAAAAGGUGAAACCUUACCCGAUUCUUUUUAUGAGACAAAAAAGUUAAUCAACGCACUUGGACUUAAUUAUGAAAAAAUUGAUGCAUGUAAAAAUGAUUGCAUGUUGUAUAGAAAGGAGCAUGUAAAUGACACAGAAUAUCAAGUAUGCUCUACACCAAGGAGUGAAGCAAAAGUCUUGCGCCACUUUCCGUUAAUACCAAGAUUACAAAGAUUAUUUAUGCCAUCAAAAACAUCUGAUUUUAUGACUUGGCAUCAUCAAAAAGAUUAUGUGAAUGAUGGUUAUAUGAGACAUCCAAGAGAUUCUCCAGCAUGGAUGACUUUUGAUCACAAAUAUAUGGAUUUUGCGGCAGAUCCUCGAAAUGUUAGACUUGGGUUAGCUUCUGAUGGAAUGAAUCCGUUCAAGACAUUAAGUGUAAGUCACAACACAUGGCCAGCUAUUAUGAUACCAUAUAAUCUCCCUCCAUGGUUGUGUAUGAAACAACCUAACUUUAUUAUGUCCUUGCUCAUACCUGGUCCAGAAGCACCUGGAAAUAAUAUUGAUAUAUAUUUGGAGCCACUGAUUGAAGAAUUAAAAAUUUUAUGGGAAGUUGGAGUUGAAACUUUUGAUACGUCUACAAGAGAAAACUUUAUGUUACGAGCAUCACUAUUAUGGACUAUUAGUGAUUUUCCAGCAUAUGCAAACUUAUCGGGAUGGAGCACUAAAGGAAAAUAUGCAUGCCCGUCUUGUCAUCAAGAUACUUAUUCUUCGUGGUUGAAGCAUAGCAAAAAACAUUGUUAUAUGGGUCAUCGUCGUUGGUUAGAAAAUAACCACUCAUUUAGAAAUGAUGAAAAGUCUUUCGACGGUACAAAAGAGAAAAAAUUAGCUCCAAUACCAUUAAGUGGUUCAAUGAUACUAGAUAAGUUAGAAGGCUACCAAAUUAAAUUUGGAAAGACAGUUGUUAAUCCUCAGUUGCCAUAUAGUUGGAAGAAAAGGACAUAUGAGGCGAGAAUUGCUGGACCAUCAGUUUAUUGUUGCAUGUACCCUGUUGAAAGGUACUUAUCUAAGUUGAAGUCAUACGUUCGAAACAAAAAUAAGCCAGAAGGUUGUAUAGCUGAAGGAUAUUUAGCUAAUGAAUGCUUGACAUUUUGCUCACGAUAUAUAGAAGGUGUAGAGACAAAAAUUAAUCUUUGCGGUGCAUCUCUCGAUGUUGACAGUGAAGAUAUUAGUUUGGUUAGGAAAGAUAUGCCAGAUAUAACUGUUGAUACAUCAAUGUCAUUUGAUGCAAAUGAUAUGGAUGAAGAAGCUUAG